AUCGUUCUAACUUCUCAGCUGCUCGAUUCACCGCAAUCCAACUCACUGUGCUUGCUUUCCAUGGACGACGAUAUAUAUGAAACACUAGUGGAGGAUCCUACCUUCUCUCCUGACUGGUCUACGCUGUCACGUCGCCACGAGCUUCAUAGUGCUACAUACGAAAUAUCUGCCGAUUUUGCGUCUUCUGAAUCGCCUCUUCGUCUGUUGUUCUUUUAUGGCACCCUGUCUCUUCCUCAUGUGCUCAAGCGUGUACUUUCGCUGACGAAUACACCGCCAUUACAAUCCGCCUUCGUCUUUGGAUAUUCUGUCAAAAUGUGGGGUCCGUAUCCAGCUCUAGUGCAGUUGAAGGAAAGCGAUGAUGAAGCAACGGAUAAAGAACCUGUAGAAGGGAAAGCAUUCUGGGCCAGCGAGGAACAAAUACGGCUUCUGACGCAACACGAAGGCGAGAACUACGCUUUGGCUCCAAUUGCCGUCCACAUUGGUCAAACUGUGACAUCCGGCUACACUUUCGUAUGGUGUGGGUAUCCGGAAGAAGUUGAUGAAGGGGCGUUUGAUCCAUCCCUCUUUCCUGAGACAUGAGAAAAGACUCCUUCCGGCCGUUCUUACGCAGAUAUUGUUACGGACGCCGCAUAUCUGACAUCGACAAUCCUUCGUGUGGUUUGCAGCUCUGUCUGAAGCUGUAUUGCUUUUUUCCUGCACACGUCAGGCUAGAUCUUUCUGUAUCUUCGCACUUCCCCCGGCACACUUUCCUAUGAGAGCCCGGGGAAUAUGAAAGAAGUUGCUUCAUCUCGGCUCCAUGCUCCGUAGUCCUCUUCGGAUGGGGAACGUCAUUCGAUGUUGAUGGGGCACCACUUCCUGAUAUCUAUUCAUGAACAUCGACCAAUGGACUGCGUUUGGGCUAGUGAUCUUGCUUAUAGACCGACGUCGCGCUAUUCGUUCACGCCUCUGGUUUCCCAUCCGCUUCAUACUCACAGCAGUCCAUUAUUGGAACGGAACGCCAAUCAUCAGGUCGCUGUGAAAGAUAGACGUCGAUAGACGUAGUAGACGGGUUGCAUGUACAGAUGGUGACGAUAAUGGUCAUCUGAUAAUGCAGACGCUUCUUAGGGGUUGCUAUAUAAUCUGUCGGCUGGCUCU